GAGGCUCGUGGUCGUGGAUUGAACGGCACCACUGACUAAAGAGAAGCGUCAUUAAUUCAAGAAACACCCAAAAAGAAAAUCCUAAAUACUCACACAAGAACAACUCAUUCAUCUAUUUAUCAUCUUCAUCUCCAUUCAGUAAGAACUGCUUGUAUGUAUCCUUCUUCACCUCCUUCCAUCUUUUUAAACUCUGUACUUUAGAUGGUGCCUCAUAUGUUACUGUCUGCUUCAGCAACCCUAACUCCAUUGAGAAGUACAAACCAGUGGUGCAAAUUCUUCCCAGUCACUACUACUGCUACUUAUGGUAGAAAUUCGAAUAAAUUACCUUCAUUCUUUAGAACAUCUCAGAGUAGAAAAUUCAGCCUUCGUGCAUCAUCAUCAUCUGAAGGGAACGGAGUUACUCCUCAGGAAUCCGAUGGAGAAACAAUUCCUCCAUCUUCAUUUUCUUGGCCAGACAACAUGAAGCCAAGGGUGUGCAUAUUAGGUGCUGGAUUUGGAGGUCUCUAUACAGCUCUAAGACUGGAGUCACUUGUGUGGCCUGAUGAUAAGAAACCCCAGGUGCUCCUUAUAGAUCAGUCAGAUCGUUUUGUAUUUAAGCCAAUGUUAUAUGAGCUUCUCUCUGGAGAAGUAGAUAAGUGGGAAAUAGCUCCUCGUUUCACUGAUUUACUAGCAACCAGUAGUGUGCAAUUUUGCCAAGAUAGAGUGAAACUCUUACGCCCUUCUGAUCAUUUGGGGAUGAACAGCUCGACAGCACCUAAUUCUGGUGGCGUAGUACAUCUUGAAAGUGGUCUUCAUAUUGAAUAUGACUGGUUGGUUCUUGCAUUGGGGGCUGAAGCCAAACUUGAUCUUGUGCCCGGGGCCAUGGAUUUUGCAAUACCUUUCUCUACGCUAGAGGAUGCAUGUAAGGUUGAUGAUAAAUUAAAAGAAUUGGAGCGAAAGAAAUUUGGUACGGAUUCUCCAGUACGUGUAGCUAUUGUAGGGUGUGGUUAUGCUGGAGUUGAGUUGGCAGCCACGGUAUCGGAAAGGUUGCAGGACAAGGGAAUAGUCCAAGCAAUUAACGUAGAAACUACUAUAUGUCCAUCUGCUCCACCUGGAAACAGAGAAGCUGCACUGAAAGUUCUCUCAUCUAGAAAUGUACAGCUUCUCUUGGGUUAUUAUGUAAGCUGCAUAAGAAAAGAAGAAAAAAAUGAAGCUUUAGAGAAGCUGUUAGAAAUUACUGGGGACAGCGGCGAUGCUGCCAAACAACCUAAUAGUGAGCAGCUUAUCGUAGAACUUCAACCCGCUGAAAGGAGCUUGAAAAGUCAAAUUCUGGAAGUAGAUUUAGUACUCUGGACAGUUGGGUCUAAACCUCUAGUUCCUCCACUUGAUUCUGGCAAUCAACCCCUUAUGUUUCCUAUUAAUGGCAGAGGACAGGCAGAGACAGAUGAAACCCUUCGAGUGAAAGGUCAUCCACGUAUAUUUGCAAUAGGUGACUCUGCUGCUUUGCGGGACUCCUCAGGAAGAAUUCUCCCAGCCACUGCUCAGGUUGCUUUUCAGCAGGCAGAUUUUGCUGGUUGGAAUUUGUGGGCUGCGAUCAACAACCGACCUCUGUUGCCAUUUAGGUUCCAAAAUCUGGGAGAGAUGUUGACUCUUGGUAGGAGUGAUGCAGCAAUUUCACCUAGUUUCAUCGAUGGACUAACCUUGGAUGGGUCAAUUGGUCAUACAGCAAGGAAGAUUGCAUAUUUGCUAAGAUUACCUACAGAUGAACAUCGCGUCAAGGUGGGUAUCAGUUGGCUUGCUAAAUCUGCAAUAGAUUCCAUAGCAUCAUUCCAGACCAACCUGGCAAAAACUUUGUCAGGCUAAGUCUGUCCAUUCUUCUCGAAACAGAUGACUGAGCUGUCAAUUCUCCCCUGUCCAGAGGAUCUGUGUUCAGGGAAAAAACUACUUUGUGAAUGUGAAAGGUUAAUUCUAGAUAUAUUCAUACUUCCCUCAAUUACUUCUCAGUGCUUUCCUGUAAUCAAACUUUUGAGGGUGCAACUGAGUUACACACUUAAUUUAAGCAACAGAGUUAUCACUUAAUUAUAAGUAAAAUUACUCUCCGCUUAGUUAAUAUC